AUGCUCCCACCUGAUCCAAAGCGGACGCUGCUAUAUAGCAAAAACCGGCUCAUUCUCUCGAGUCCGAGCAGCAAACCAAAAACCAAGGCUCUCUCCCACUCGACCGAACCCCCUCUCUCUGCUUCCUCUGCUCCUCGGAGAGCCGCAGCCAAGGACGCCAAGAUAGGGACCGAAACCCCCGCCGCCGAUGGCGACGCCGCCCGCAAGCGGCCCAGCGCCGGCGACGCGCCCGCCCCAGCCCCCCUCGCCGACAAGCGCCACCGCCCCAACCCCCCGUCCUCCGGCUCCCGCGACCGCGACCGCCACCACCGCCACGGCCACAGCCACAGCCACGGCCACGCCCGGCCGUCCACCGCGGGCGGCGGGGAGAAGAAGCUGCGGGCCUCGCACAUCCUGAUCAAGCACGAGGGCUCCCGCCGCAAGGCCUCGUGGCGCGACCCCGAGGGCGUCGCCAUCUCCGCCACCACCCGCGACGACGCCGCCGACCUCGCGCGGGCCCUCCGCGAGAAGAUCGUCGCCGGGGAGCGCAAGUUCGAGGACGUCGCCACCGAGGAGUCCGACUGCAACUCCGCCAAGCGUGGGGGUGACCUAGGUCCAUUUGAAAGAGGCAAGAUGCAGAAGGCUUUUGAGAAGGCAGUUCUUGCUCUGAAAGUUGGGGAGAUAAGUGAUGUGGUUGAUACAGACAGUGGGGUGCAUAUCAUACUGAGGACUGCCUGAUUACGGCGGCAGUACGGGCCUUCUCAAUCUCUCAUUCUCUAUACACUCCGUCGCUGUCUGCAACUCUGCAUAUCAUAUUGAGGCUGUUUGGGGGCAGAAGUAUGGGCCUUGUCAAUCUGUAUACACUGGGGAAAUUGGAUGUUGGUUAUUGCUUCGUUACAAACCUGUGCAUGUACUCUCGAUCUGCGAAAAGUUUAUGUUUUACUCUUACAUUUUGCUGGAGACAUUUGCUCUGGAAUGAUGCUCAAGACAACCUAUGAAUAUUGAUUGUUACAACAUGUUUGGAAUUAGCUGAACUGAGCAGGAA